UAAUAACAAUAAUUGCUGUGGUUUAAAUAAUUUAAACAAAAAAUCGUGCGCGUUAAAUGCAAUCAUCAAUUAACCAUUUAUUGGCAGUUCGAGUGUUAGCAGCGAAUUGCCAAAACUGCCAUAAGUGACAAAGAGAAAUUGGCCAACAAUUGUAGUUGUUGUAGUUUCUGCACAGUGAUACCGAAGAGGCCGUUCAAAUGUGGCCUUUUGAUGUGUUUUAUUUUUGGCCAAGUAUUUAAUAAGAACAUCUAAGCAGCAGCAAUAGCAGCAUGGAAAGCGAACGACUAUGCAUUCGACUGGAAAAUACUGAACGCAUUUUUUAUGCCGGUCAAGUAAUACGCGGCGAGAUUUGGAUGAAACUAACCAAACGCGUUAAAAUAAGAGCAAUAAAAAUACAGGUAACCGGCAAGGGCAAGUGCAAAUGGAUGGAAAUAUUGCGCAAAAACUCCAACAACAACGAAUACACGCGCAGCUUGUUCUAUACCAGCAAGGAGACGUAUGAGCAUAGCGAAACUGCUUUGCCAGAAUUUGAGCCACGCGGCUUGGAGCUCUCAGCUGGCGAGCAUACAUUUGGUUUUAAUGUAGCACUUGGUCGUCAGCUGCCGUCCAGCUUUCGUGGCAGUUAUGGCAGCAUUAAGUACAAGAUGCGUGUGCUUAUACAAAGGCCCUGGACAUUCGACGAAAGACACACCAUACCAUUUACGGUUGUGAAGAAUAUGCCAUUGCCGGCAACAUAUCGCAACAAUCCCACACCGCUGGAGAAGCAAAUUACAAAGACGAUUAGCUUGUUUGGCACCAGACCCAUAACCAUGGUGGCACUGCUACCCGAGGAUUUUGCUGUGCGUGGUGAACCGUUACGCAUCUGUGUUACCGUUAUGAAUAACAGCACAACAACGGUGGAGAAGCUGCGCUUCAACAUUUUGCAGUAUGUCACCUACUACAGUCAUGUGCCUUUACGUGUGCAAAAGGUCGAGUGCGUUGCCAUUGCCAACAAGGAGACGGGCUCGGUGCAAAAGAAAAGCGAGCGCAGCUUUGCUCACGAGCUGCUAAUGCCGGAUACGGCACAGCCUACCGAUGAAGAGUUCAGCGGUGUUAUCACCAUCUCCUAUGAACUGCGCGUCGAGGCUGUGCUGCGUGGCUUUUUCAAAAAUUUGGUGCUAAACUUACCCUUUAAGGUUUACUCACAGGAUGUUUCGUCGCGACUCAGCUCGGUGCGUCCAGCACUGCCGCCACGACCAGACGAUGGACCACCGGGUCCAGAUACUAUGCCUGCUGUGCCUGGCAAUCCAUUUGAACCAGCUGCUGCCUUAACUGUCUAUCCCACGCUAGACUCUUCCAUUGGCUCGCCAACGCACUCAUCGCAGUACAGCGAAUGCAGUUCGCUUAACUCAACGACUUCGGACUCGACGCUUAGUCCAGCUGUGGCUGGCAUGGAUCUCUCCUAUACCUCGGGCUCGCAGUCAUCGCAGUUUGGCAGCCCCUCGGCUCGCAACAGCAUACGCAGCAGCUCCAAUGUGCCCUAUAUGCCUUAUUCGUCCAGUCCCAUGAUGGUGCAAUCAUAUCCACCGCCGCAUGUACCACCGUAUCCUUUGCCCGAAUCGCCGCAGUACACGCUGCUGGCGUUGACGCCACCGCCAGCAGUCAACUACAACCAAUUGCCUUCCACAUCAGCAGCUUCGGGCUCUAUCCACCGUCCAGCGGCAGAGGCGCAGGCACUGCCUCCGUCGUAUGAGGAGCUCUUUGGCAGCACCAAUCCGCCACCACCAGCAGCCAAGUGAACCACAGCGCCCUCACUGCAGUUCAUGCCGCCCAGUUACAUCUAAGCUUUUGCAUAUUAAUGCUUCAGGUUUACUUUAGCGUAUCCGCAGACUAAAUAUAUUAAUACAGGAGUUGUGUAUCUCAAACUAUCGUUACAAAUCAGCAAACUGACACAAGCAAUGCCAUAAAACUUAUCACGCAUAUUAACAAGUAAAGCAAUCAACAUUAACUUGUGCACAAACACACACACACAAAGCAAUUUAUGUAACAUAUUUUCAACAUUUAACUUUUAUAUAGCUAAGUUGGCAUUAGUUGUAAGCGAUGGACAACAACAAAUUGAUAUUAAACAAAAUAUUUUGUUGUGCCGACAGCAAUUUUGUGUUCGUGCUUUUGUAAAAGGCAGUAAACCAAGUUAACAUGCGACUAGUUAGCCUAUUUUAUUAGACAGUUAGUUAGUUUAACUUGAAAUGUUUACAACUUGAACGAAUUUGAAACUCAAAUAUUAACCAAUCAACUAGUAGUGACUUUUAAUUUUAUUUUUAUU